AUGGCUCCGAAGAGCAAGGCUCCGCCGAAAGUGGUGAAGAAGGUGGAGAGAUCUCCCACUCCAGAUGAGCCAGUCCGUAGAUCGGGACGUGCCAGAAUCGAGAUGGGAAAGUAUGAGGAAGGAUUUGACCGCCACGAGCUCGAGCUGGCUCUUCGUGCUUCGAUGAACGAUGCCAAGUCACCAUCCACGUCUUCUCCAUCUGCCGCCGGACCAUCGUCUUCUUCCUCUUCCGCUCCAAAGAAAGAAGUCGCUAAGCCGAAGAAGAAGAUCGUGAAGCCAGCUACAACUCCAGUUGCUGCUGCUCCAGCACCAGCUCCAGCAUCCACGGAAUCACCCAAGCGAACCGUUCCAACCAAAAAGGAGCGCGACGCCGAGAAAGCUGCUGCUAGAGCAGCCGCCGCUACGUUGACUUCACUGAAAAAGGGCACUAUCAAGAAGGCACCUGAGACUCCAAAGAAGAAGGUUGUGGCUAAGCCAAAGAAGGCUGUUGCCACUCAAGAAGUCGCUGAGGCAACCUCCUCGUCGGCUCAUGAAACGUCUCCAGAAAUCGACGAUGAAGUCGUUCCAACGAACGAGGCCACUACGUCUACUACCAACUCGGCUCCAGCUGUUGCCACUGCUUCGGCUCCGGCUCCAGCUGUUGUUCCAGCAAAAGAGGUUAAGGCUGAGCAACCAGUCAAGAAGGUUGUCAAGAAGAAGGCCAUCGCCAAGAAAGCUCCAUCCACCCCUUCUAGCUCCUCCGCUGAUGCUGCUCCAAAGAAGAAGAAAAAGCCAACGACUCCGAAAAUAUCGGCGAAACCAACGAAGCAAUAUCUGGAGAACGAGAAGCAAAUGCGCCUCAUGGCUUGCGCCAAGACCACUGUCCUAUAA